UCUCGCCAUGGUGUCAGCAAUUUUUUCGUCAAUACAUUGGUUACCGCCUUACAGGCCUCUGAUUGGUGUCUGCUCCUCAAACGGGUAGGGGAUGCAAUUCUCCUGCAUAUACUGACGGAGACUUCAAUCUAUAUCGCAUUGCCAAACGAUUGUUAUUGCCAAGUGACGGGUCCCCCGCUCAUCUAUGCUAUGCCCCCGCCGACGUUGUCAAGAAAAAGGCCGUUGGCAUCCGGCGGGGCUGACGACAGUGCAGAACCCGAAUCCACGUGUCCGCAAAAGCGUAAAGCAACUAACAUUGACGAAGGGGUUUCAACGAGAUUACCAAAACGUCGCAGAAGGGAUAAGGGAUCGUCCAGCGCGACGACUCGUGACAAGUCAGCCAUGAGUCCCAUUAAAAACGAAGGUUGUACCUUGACCGCAAUUCCAAUUGCUCGUACGACGAUGUUCUACGCAAGGCCCCAACGACGAGCAGCCCCUGAACAUAUUCAACUUGGUCUACCCUCUGAUCACAUACUGAAUCGUAUGAAUUCGGGGGCAUGGCGAGUGGCGAAGGGACUUCUUGAUACCGACGGGAGGUUGCAUGAUGUGAGACCCGCAGACCGGCAUGGCGCACUUGAAGCACGACAUUUCUCUAAAUAUGUCUUCCCGUUGCGAUAUCGCCUCGAUAACGUAUUCUCUGUCCGUCCCGAACGACAACAGGAAGAUCAAUUUGCUAGGUUCAGGUUCGCAAACAGAGAAACUGAGAUCGAGAUCAAAGGCUCAUGCAAAACACCGGAUCGUUUAAAAAGUGUAUUGCCCUUACUAUCGCAGCUCUAUCAUCGGCAUACGAAGUGCGGUUAUAAAGCUCUUU